ACCUUACGAUGAAAUCCAUGGCGGGGCACACCCAACCCAGCUUCUGAUCAGAGAAAUUGUCGCUAGCCGUUGUGACGCUGAGCUGACAGGAACCGCCGCAGGCAGCAAGGCUGAUGCGCACGCCGCGUGGUAGUCCUUCCUAACUAUUGAAGCUAGUCGUUGCGUCCUGAUCCUAGCCAUGGCAGAUCGACCAUGCCCAUCAGGCGUGAUGCUUCCCACCAGACCACGCAUUCGUCCCUUCGCUUCAGCGCUCCAUGCCCUCGCUUCAAGCUAGGCUCGCCGCUCGCAAAUGGACGGCGCGGAUCUGUCCAAGUGUGUGUGCGAGGCGGGCGCGGUGCCGUGGAUCCGCGACUGGUUUCAGGACUGCGUGUACUCGCGCUGGGACCUGCUCUCGUUCCUCAUCGGCCUCGCCUCCAUCGCCUGCUGGCUCGUCGCGCAGCUCCCGCAGUUCAUUCAAAACAUCCGCGCCGGCUCCGCCGACGCCCUCUCGCCCUGGUUCCUCUUCCAGUGGCUCUCGGGCGACCUGCUGAACCUGCUGGGGUGCCUGCUGUCGGGCAGCCAGCUCAUCACGCAGACCUUCACCGCCAUCUACUUCAUCGCCGCCGACUGCUGCAUCAUCGCGCAGUACGUGUACUACCAGCUGAAGAACCGCGACUCGCUGGAGCUGGACGCCGACUGCCUGUCGCGCCCAGCAUCCGCGCAAGACGGCUUCAUCACCGCCGCCGCCUUCUCCUCGCCUUCCGCCGCCCUCCGCCGCCCGCUCUUGCCCGCCAAGGCCGCCGCUGCAGCAGACCACAGUGUUCUGGUCAGUAACGGGUCAGCCAGUAGAGCGCAGUCAGUAGUGUCGCCGCCCAGGCGCAAGCCACGGCAUGCUGUGGAGGAGAUUCGCGCUUUAGAAAACGAGCUGCCUUAUAGAGAGCUAGAGGCUGGUGGGGCAGCGGCAGCGACAACCGAGCACGAGAGUCACAUACACAGACAGCAGCAGCAGCACCGGCACGAGCACCACAACUACCACCCCGUGUCGUUCUUAGCUGGCCGCUCAGGCGCCGUCCUCCUCGCCCACGCGUGGCAGGGGCCCCACCUCCCCUCCGCCCCCCGCCGCCCCUCCCUCCCACCUCCCACAGCAACCCAGGCAGCAGGCGCAGGCGCAGGCGCAGAGGCAGCAGAAGCAGACGUGGUGGGAGAAGCAGCAUGGCGGCGACUCAAUGGUGGUGGUGGGUGCAGAGAGGGGGGCGCAACAAAGGGAGGGGACGGACGGGGCAGGCUGUUGCGGAUAGCGGAGGAGGAGGACGGACGGCCGGGGCUGUUUCCAGUGGCGUCAGACAAUGCAGGCGCGGCGGCGGGCAGGACACAGGUGGCGGGCGCACGCAGCAGGAGACGGGCUACAGGUGACGAGGCAGGGGGUGGAGAGGGGCGGAGGGGCGAGGGGCCGACGGGGCGAGUGCAGUUCCGCGAGGAGGAGAGGGGCGCGGGCGGGGAGGGCGAGGGGCGCAGGGGCCGCGUGUACAGCAGACGGGAGGUGCGGCGGGUGGUGGAGCGGUACGGGCUGGAGCACGGCCCUCCCAUGCUGCACCCGCGCCUCACCAUCCACCACCACGCCCUCGCGCCCUUGCCCCUCCCUGUGGCCCCUCGAGGGGAAGAGCACGGCCAAGCUGCUGGUGGGCCAGGCGGGGUGGAUAAAGUGCAGAGAGGAGGUCAGGCAGCAGGUGCAGACAGCAAGGACGACGGGCGGGGAAGUGACAUCGUUGUGGGGCAGCGAGGCAAGGCUGACAUGCGGCAGAGGGGUCAGAUUGGCACGGGGCAGGAGCUGGCAGUCGCUGAAGCAGCAGAUGGAGCAGCUGCUGUGUGUGCUGCCACUGCGGGGGAGCCGUCCGAAGGAGGCAGCGCAAGUGCUGGAGAGGCAGCACCAUCCAGGCCGCACAAGCCAGGGGCGCUGUCGCUGCUGCUGGGCUCGCUCAUGCUGCUCGCGCUCUCCUCCUCGGCUCUCUCGCCCUUACAGCGAGGCCGCUCCAGUGUGCUUGGGCCGCGCAGAGGGGGCAGGUGCAGCAGGGAUCCAUGGCCCACAGGCGAGGCAGAGGCAGUGGCCGGGAGAAAGCUGCUGGGAGUGCAGCAGGGGGAGCAGGCAGGGCUGUGGCAUCACCUGCGGGGAGGGGGGCAUGCGGGGCAGCAGCAGGUGGUGGUGCAGGAGGAGAGAGUGUGGCAUGGCAACCGCACCCUGUGCCUGCUGCAGCCUCGCCACCCAAACUGCCAGCCCACUGCUGCUGCUGCUGCUACUGCUGCACACGUGGCUGCCGCCAGUGCAGUGAGUGGGGCUGGCAGUGUUGAAGGCAGGGAGCCGCAGGUGCUGCUGCAGCUGCUACCCCCCGCGGUGCCAGGCGCUGGCAGGGGGAGCGAGGGUGAGGGGGAUGAGGAAGAUGCGUGGAUCGCAGCAUGCAGGGCGGAGAGGAGGAGGCGCAGGAAGGAACCCAGCAAGUUCAUCCAUCAGCUGGGCCUCAUGCUUGGGUGGGCGUCGGCGGGGUUCUACCUGGGGUCGCGCGUGUCGCAGAUCUGGCAGAACACGCAGCGCGGGUCGGUGGAGGGGCUGUCCAUGGCCAUGUUCCUCUGCGCCUUCUGCGGCAACCUCGCCUACGGCACCGCCAUUCUGCUGCGCGCCCCUUCGCUGGCGUCCUUGAGCGGCAACCUGCCAUGGCUGGUGGGCAGCAUGGGGACUCUCUCGCUUGACAUCACAAUCUAUUUGCAGGCACAGUAUCUGAGUCGCAAGAGCCCAGCAGCACACGCAUCUGCUGUUCGCCCCAUCACCAUCUUAUGACUAGUGCGCCCCCUGCUGCUGUGCUGCUCAGCGUGCCGUACCUCCCUGCUACGCCUCACGAGCACGCAUGCAGUCAGGCCCAUCCCCCCCCAUCCAAAAGCACUGUAAAUGAUUCCCGCUGUAUCGUUUGCUGUGUCGCACUCUGAUAUCACUUGCUCCUGUGAGCUCAUUCAUGUGCUUCAUGCAUACUUGUUUGCUGCAAUUGCUAUCAGCCAAGGGGAAAAGUCUCAGAGAAGAAAAGUUAACUAGAAUGAGGCAUACAGGUUGAUUUUGUUCAAGUGGUUGUACCCUCUAAGAGCAUGCACCCAUCUAACCUUCACUCCGCGUGUGGUUUAUGCGGGGGAGAGCUUAUGAUAGGGUGAAUUUAGGAGAGCACCCGCUUUUCGGGGGCUGCAUUUUACAUAACACCCUCCUCGUUUUAUGCAGCAAAGAACAGUAUUUCGUAGUUU